CGCGUGACCGCGCCGUGACGUCAGCUCACUCUCGGUCACGCGGUGCUUUAGCUAAUGUCACUUUCGGUGUUGUUUUGGCACCGGUUUGUGUGCAUGUAAGACAGUUCAUGAAGAACAUCCGUUUCCCUUCAGACUUACGACGCUGCUUCGAGUCCCGACGAUGUCAUUCAUCAUGAGCCUUCAUCUUCAUUGUAUUGCAUUGUCGUAACUACGGAUGGAUAACUCUGAGGGCGGCACGUCAUCCGAGCCCGAGAGCGGAACGCCACGGCCGUCGUCCCGGCAGCCCUCCCGCUUCUCCGAGCACGGCGAGCCCGGAUUACGACGGGAAACCAAGCAGCAGCGACGACGGCAGCAACGACGGCGGCGGGGGGAUGGUCAGGAACAGCUGCUCCGGGAGACGGCACGGCAGAGGUUGCCGGGCCAACGCGAGCACUCGGAGGCGUGCGGCUCAGUGAGCGACGCAGCGGAAAGUUCGCCUAAGAGGAGAGCUCAUUUCCUUCAUGGACCCUAUCCAGCCACUAACUUCGGACCCAAAGCCUGCAUUCUGCCUAACCCCACUUCAGUCAUGCACAUCCAAGACCCGGCAAGCCAGCGCCUCACCUGGAAUAAACCUCCCGUCAAUGUCCUGGUCAUCAGGAAGAUCCGAGAUGAAAGCUUGGUAGAGCCUUUCAAAGACCUGUGUCGCUUUUUAGUGGAGGAGAAACAAAUGAUGGUGUACGUGGAACGGCGGGUGGCCGAUGACGGGACGCUGUCCAAGGAUGAGAACUUUGGCUCCAUCCGGAAUCAGCUGUGCACCUUCAGAGAGGGCUACGAUGACAUAUCGAACUGCAUCGACCUGAUCAUCUGCCUGGGCGGAGACGGCACGCUGCUCUAUGCCUCUUCUCUUUUCCAGGGAAGCGUUCCCCCCGUGAUGGCGUUCCACCUUGGUUCGCUGGGCUUCUUGACACCCUUCAAAUUUGAGUCGUACAAGACCGAAGUGGACAAAGUUUUUGAAGGAAACGCUGCCAUCACCUUGCGCAGUCGCCUGAAGGUGAAGGUGGUGAAGGAGAUGUUUGAGAGGACGGCCGCCGCGCAGCUGCAGCGGCAGGGACAAGACGGCGAACAGGAGCAUAACGGCCUUGUUCCUCACCGCUACAUCAGCAGUGAGGCGGGGAAGGUCACCUUGCAGCUCCAGGUCCUCAAUGAGGUGGUGGUUGACCGCGGACCUUCAUCCUACCUGUCCAACGUGGACUUGUACCUGGACGGCCGUCUCAUCACUUCGGUGCAAGGCGACGGCGUGAUCGUGUCCACGCCGACGGGCAGCACGGCGUACGCGGCAGCAGCAGGGGCAUCCAUGAUCCACCCCAAUGUGCCGGCCAUCAUGGUGACGCCCAUCUGCCCGCACUCGCUCUCCUUCAGGCCCAUCGUGGUGCCUGCUGGGGUGGAGCUCAUGAUCACCUUGUCCCCCGACGCCAGGAAUACGGCCUGGGUUUCAUUCGAUGGCAGGAAAAGACAAGAGAUCCAACACGGUGAUUGCAUCAAAAUCACGACAUCAUGCUUCCCCGUGCCGUCCAUCUGCUGCCACGACUUGGUGUACGACUGGUUCGAGAGCCUUGCUCAGUGUCUGCACUGGAACGUGCGCAAGCGCCAGACGCGCCUGGCCGACGCGUCCGACACGGAGAACUGAACCCGCUCUUGCCGUACGCCCGCUCCCCUUUACCGCAGCUCCUGAGCCAAACAAACACCGUGCCCGUGACGUCCCCAGCGGUGUCCCUUUUUACAUUCCACAUUACGUUGAUUCAUGAAAAACAUCAUGUAUAUAUUUGUACAAAUGUUUUGAGUUAUUUAUUGUUAUAUUUCAAAAGCGUAGCCUUGACUGAGCCGUGGCGCGUUCAUAUUUCACACUAGAAAAAUGAAUGCCUGAAGUUUGCAUUUGUGUCGAUGCCACAAGGGGGCGGCAAAGCACUUUAAACUAAGAAGCUGUUAAAGCAUCAACGCCAUGCUUUGAGCUUGUGCACAAUGUUGAACCCAUGUUACAUAAAUUGGUUGCAAUGAAAACGUGAUCAUUCACUGCCAAUUCAAAAAUGUUUAUAUUGCUUUAAACAAAAAAUAAAUAAAGCUAAAACACGUCAUGGUGCCUUUCAUAUGUUUAUUGUAAUAAGAUAUUUCCAGACAUCCAUUCUUUUUUAUUAUUAAAUUAUACUCCAAUAUUGCAUGAGAAUUGAACA